UUAAAAUAUUAUCAAUAUUGAGUAUCUUUCUGUAUAAAAAAAAGCAAGACUCAGCGAUUAAAAACCAUCGCUGCUUUGACACAAAUAUUAAAACAGUAAUGAAGACUUUAAUUGUCGCUUUGUUGCUGGCCUGUCUGCUUUAUUGCAAUGGUCAAGAAACAUGCAUCUCCUCUCCACCGGAUGAGGCAGAGAUAGACGGAGCAACGGACACCCAACCCAGAGAUAUCGAGGCACAGAUUAACGAUGCCCUGGGCAAAGAUGAUGAAGUCAAGAUGGCAGUAAAUGCUCUGGCUGCUGAGAGGGCGCUUGUGUACCAGGAAUCUAAAUCUAUUUACACAGACACUUGCCCAAGAAGGCUUGUAUAUGUCACAAGUGUCAAAGUUUCAAAUGAAAAGUGUUAUGUCGUCUCCCCUUACCGACAAAGAGUGACGUAUGCCGUCUGUGGAGGAAUUGGUUGUUACGGAAACAAAUUCUACAGGAGUCAGUGUGUCAGGACCGGUUGGACCAGACUACAGUUCUGGGUGUGGUGUCCAACCUGUGGGUUCAAGCUGAUUGCCAGAUGGUACCCACAGUGCUGCUCCUGCUACCGGUGGUAUUCGUGUUUUGAUGUUAAAGCAUGAAACUGCAUUCAGAAAAACAUCGUGUUAUGUACAUCAAAUAAAAUUUUCAUCA